GUUCAAGAAACCCUCUCCUUUUGUGUCUCCCUCGCCUCAUCCUUUUGAGAAACCCUUCCCUUCUCGCCGAUCCAGAAUCGAACCGGAGUUAUUCUUUCUUCGUCUUCGAUCCCUUUCGAUGGAAUCGACCGGCCCUUCUCUCGACGAUUGCUUGAAGUUGUUGAGAGGGCAGCGCGACGAGCAGAAGCUCGCCGGACUCCUCCUCGCCGCCAAGUUCUGCCAAGGGGGCGACACCGCUUCUGUUCUCAAGGUUUACGAAGCCGUCGGCGCGAGAUUCCUUCAGCGGCUCCUCAUGACUGGCAUGGGAAAGGGAGCCAGCGGGGUUAAGAGUGGCGAGGAGCAGGAGGCGUUUUUGCGACUCUCCAUCACCCUUCUUGCUGCAUUGUGUCGGGUGCCGGAGAUUGCGUCGUCGGAGGAAAUGAACUCCCAAAUUCCUCACGUAGCAGAAAUUACUUCAACAUCGUCUGACCCCUUUAUUGUUGAGGAAUGCUAUGAGUUUCUGUUGUUGGUUGCUGCAGCUUCAGAGAAUGGUCUAGUCAAAUUUUAUGAAUCUGGAGUGAUGGGCAUGCUUGCUCCACAUAUUUCUACUCUGACUGAUGGUUCUCGGUCACUUGAGUUUGCCAUGCAACUUCAGCAGCUAGUAGUGAAUCGGCUAUCUGAUGAUUUGUUAAAUGAUGAGAACCUACGAGGCAUGUUAGCCAUGGUGACUUCUGUUGCUAGGCAAUUUGCUGUACUGCAGAACAUCCACAAAUUCGAUGCUUUGCAUAUGCUUACUACACUUCUAUCAUCAAAUUACAUUCCACUUCAUGAAGCUCUAAGGUCAAUAUCAACUGAUAUUUGGGCAAGUCAAAUACGCAUUGGCAUUAGCGAAAUACUUCAAAACCGAGUUGUUUCUACUGAAAAGCUCCAAGCCCUUCUUCUGGCUGAUUUAAUGAUGUCUAUACUUGGGGUAAACUGGCUGCUGGAACACACAAGAUUGCAUCAUAACCAGGAACCGAUGCCAGUUGACAAGUUUGUAUUGCUUGUACUCGAGUCCUCAAGGGUAGAAGUUGCUGUUCUUCUUAAUGAGCUGGCCUACUUAAAAUAUGAAGCUUCCAGAAGUUCUUCCGAUGCUGCAGGAACAAUCUUUCAGAAGCAGCGAUCUUUGGCUAUAUUAUUUUCUUUGAUGGAGAAGAUCAUUAAACUUAUGUCAACUGUCAGUGGGGCAAAAGGCUUGAAAGCAUGGAUAGAGAUCCAAACAGCAAAGAAUCAAAUACUGGUUGCCUGGUUGGUAUGCACCAUACUGACUGAUAUUUACUGGUCUGACCAAGGCUUGGUACCUGACCGUAGAGAUCCUUCCGUCAAAGAGAGCACUCUGACAAAGAUGAUUUUGGGACUCAAUGAGACAAUUGAUUUGGUUCUGGAUUUUUUGCAAGACUCAAAGGAUCAUGGUCAAAUAAAGGGAGAUGACCUGUUGGCAGCAGUCCGAAUAAUAGGAAGCUAUCUUGCAGAGGCACCCACUGCAUGUAAGGAAAAGACCCGAGAUUUGUUAGGAUAUCUUCUAUCAAUUGAAGGUGAAGAGGAAUCAAGUCCCUUCUACUCCGUCUGCUUCUUGCUUCCAAUGUUGUGCCAAUUAACCGUGGACAUUGAUGGGUGCAAGGCAUUGGCUUCAGUUGGUGGACAUAAAAUGAUAGUGGAAUGCCUUGUGAACAUGGUUGGAAGUAAUGGCAAGAUGGUUAAUAUUAGUGAUAGAGUGCUUUUGGCUUGUGAUACCAUCCUUAAUCUCCUGUUAAAUCGAAAGGAACUUGAAGUUUGGAUAGAGGGGUCUCAAUUUGUCAAUCUGUUACAUGCAUUGAUCUUUUGGACUGAGAACUGCAAGGAUCCAUCUGUCGUGAUGAUGGCUUCAAGCAUUUGCUCAUUGGUGUUUGAUUUAACAUCUGAGGAAUCUCUUCUAAACCAAUGGAAUUUUGAUCAGAGCUCUUUUGAGAAGUUGUCUCAUCUCAUUGUCAGAAGUUUAAACCAGGGUGAAAUAAGUGAGGAUUUUAAAGACCAGUCGGAUCUUCAUCAAAUCAUUAUUUCAGCGUAUUGUGAUUGGGCUGAUCGGUUCCCUUUUGUUAGAAAAGCUGUUGAAAAUUAGUAAAUCCCUCGGAAGAUUUUAUACAUUACAAUAUUUGGCCGGCGAUCCAUCAUUGGUCUCUUCAUUGGAAGUCUGUUUGGCAGCACCGGACUGGUCUGAGACUAAAUCUGGUUUAGAUCACAUUAUCUAACACUAGCAAGACCUCGUUGAAUAUUCUUGCAUGUACAAUUGGCAGUAUUGCCUAUAGAAAUAUGUGUAAUUAGUGAAGAUGGCCCAAAUUAAUUAAGUUGAAUGUACCAUUAUCUGCAAACAUUGUCAUCGUUCAGUACAUAGUGCUGCCAGUGCACUAAUAGACAAAAGGAGAAGUAAGCUUUGUCUAAUGGUCUAUUUUAUGUUCGGCUCGGAACUUAUUGCUAGGUUACUCUUUAUAUGUAAUAAAUUGUAGGUAAUUGUUAAAAGUUACUCUUUGCAGCCCAAAUAAGUUCAUCAGUAUAUUAUUAUUUAUUAA